AUGCAGGCAUUCCAGAGACCCCCCCCACGCCUCGAUUAUAACUACCCGGACGUUGGACGAGAAGACGAGCCUGAGUUUCCAGAUGAAUACAAUGUCGAGACGAGCACCGGCCUGGUUCCGCAAACAGCAUUAGAACAGCUGCGAUCACGAGCUUCGGGCUCCCCGGGAGGGACCAGAGCCAAUAAUCGUAUCGAUCCCGAAAAAGGACCCAAAGAGCCGGUCGAAUAUGUCACUUUCACGAUAGGCGACCCGGAGCAUCCCCACAACUGGUCUCGCGCAUUCCGCUGGUACAUCACGCUGGUCGCUUCUAUGGUGGUUGUAUGCGUUGCCUAUGGCUCUGCCUUCGUCACGGGUGGAUUAGGCCUGAUCGAAGAUAAAUACCAUGUCUCUCUCGAAGUCGCGAUUUUGACUUGUUCGAUCAUGGUCUGCGGGUUCGCCGUCGGACCCCUCAUCUGGUCUCCCCUCUCGGAGAUCAUUGGACGUCGUCCGGUAUACAUCAUUUCCCUGACCCUCUAUGUGAUCUUCAACAUCCCCUGCGCCCUAUCCCCUAAUAUCGGGGGAGUUCUCGCGUGUCGAUUUCUCUGCGGUGUCUUCUCCAGCUCCGGUCUUUCUCUUGCGGGCGGGACCAUCGCCGAUAUCUGGGACAUGGAAGACCGUGGCAUGGCCAUCUCAUUGUUCGCCGCCGCCCCCUACUGUGGCCCUGUCAUCGGCCCCAUCGUCACCGGCUGGAUCACCGUCGGGAGCGGCCGUCUCAAUCUCUUCUACUGGACCAAUAUCGCUUUCGCGGGCGCCAUCACCAUCCUCAUCGGCCUCGUCCCCGAGACCUACGCUCCGAUCAUCCUCAAGCGACGAGCGGCCAAGCUCCGCAAAGAAACUGGCAACCCGAACAUCAUCACCGAGCAGGAACAAUACAAGCUUACCCUUCGGGAAAUCGUCCGAACGAGCUUGAUCCGCCCCAUCACCAUGAUCCUGACCGAGCCGGUCCUGGACCUGAUGUGCAUGUACAUCGUGCUGAUCUACUCCAUGCUGUACGCCUUUUUCUUCGCCUACCCGGUCAUCUUCCAGGAACUGUACAACUACAACGACGGCCAGAUCGGCCUCAUGUUUAUUCCCAUUCUUAUCGGCGCGGGCUUUGCUCUCGUCGUUACCCCCGUGAUGGAGCAGAACUUCAAAAAGGUCUGCCAAUCCCGGGACCCGACCCCCGAGGAUCGCCUGGUGGCUUGUCUGUGGGGCGCUCCCUGGAUCCCGAUCUCGUUCUUCUUGCUUGGCGCGACAUCUUACCGGCACAUUAUCUGGGUCGGACCCGCGUCAUCCGGUAUUGCGUUUGGCUUUGGCAUGGUGCUGUGCUACUAUGCGGUCAACAACUACAUUAUCGAUUCGUAUUCGAAAUACGCGGCCUCGGCCCUUGCUGCGAAGGUCUUCCUUCGCUCGGGGGGUGGAGCGGCCUUCCCGCUUUUCACUACUCAGAUGUAUCACCGUCUCGGGCUGCAGUGGGCCUCGUGGCUCCUGGCCUUUAUUGGUGUGGGGAUGGUGUUUAUUCCCUACACCUUCUACUUCUUUGGCGCGAAGUUGAGGGCUAAGCUCACCCAUACCUGA